GGGCUGUCGUUUGAACUCUCCUGGCGCGAGAGACCCUGCCCCGCCCUGUUUCUGGAACGUUGACCCCUCCUCCUCCUCGUCCCGAGGCCUGUGGCGUCUGGGUCCGUAGGGGCAGAACCAUGGAGGAAAAGCCUUCGAAAGUGUCGCUCAAGCCUUCGGACCGCCAUGGCUCGGACAAGGAGAGCAAGGAGAGCCUGUACAGCGACAUUCGGGACCUGUGGACCACGGCCACGCUGUCGCAGUCCGAGCUGAACACGCCGCUGUCCGACGUCUGCGGGAACUUUGACGCGGAGGGCCGCAGCAUCAGCCACACCCGCGGCUGGUACGGCCAGGGGCGCCGCUCGUUGGACGAGGGGGACAAGGCCAGCCGGAAGCUGCGCCGCAGCAGCUCCAUGGAAAUCAAUGAAGGGAAGGAGGACACCGCAUCCGAGAUCAAGGCCGAAAAGUCUUCUUCAACGUCAUCGCUCGAUAUUGCGAAGCACAUACCCCAUCGAGCCUACUGGGCAGAGCAGCAGAACAGGCUGCCACUGCCCCUGAUGGAACUCAUGGAGAAUGAAGCUCUGGAAGUCCUCACCGAAGCCCUCUGGAGCUACCGGUUAGGGAUCGGCAGGGACCACCUCCUGACCCAGGAGCUGCAGCAAUACAUCGAGGGGCUCAAGAAGCGCCGGAGCAAGAAGCUGUACUUGAUUGAGAAGGACACCCUGGGCUCGGGCAGACCCGAACCAGCCCAGUGCCAUGACAGGUCCCCAAAUCCCAGCCUGACCCCAUCUGAGUGAAAUUUGAGUCCUAAAGAAAUAAAAGAGUCAACGCAUGA